AUGGGUUUCGAGGGCAGUGAGUGUGGAGACGAUCCUCAGAAAGAAACCACGAGUGAUGGCCAGAAUCCUGAUCUCUCAGAUACCAAGGACUUACUAUCUCUCACCCAACCCUUACAAAAUUCCAAUGAUGUUUUUAUGCCUUGUUGUGUAUUUUGCGGAAUGAAUGGAAAUCUGAACCUUGGACAAGGCGAAUUGCUCAGAUUUCACACAAAAAUUGAAUUUUCAGAACCUCCUGCUUGGUACAGUGAUUUCAUCGCAAAGGUGAAGUUGAAGCAGGAAAAGUGUACAAAUAUAUUGGUUACAAAUCGUUCAACACACACUAACAGACGAAACCAACAUAGCAAAGUUGUUGUUGCAUGUUUUACACCUCUGGUGACAGAUUCCACGUCUUGCAAAGUAGGUCCGCAUGUAUCUCUAGAUGGAUGUCGGCGCAACAGGAACAAAAAUUCCUUUGGUUAUGAUGUCAAAAUGUCCCUCGCUGGGAUGCCGAAUGCUUAUUUUGAUUGCAAUGGCCGACCUUUUGGUCUAGUAGAAGAAUUGAAUUAUGUCGGUUGGCCUUCUGAAUCUAAUGAAGAUACUCUGAAGGUUUCCAAUCUGAUUGUUAGGUGUACUCCGCGUGAAGGCGAAGAGGGCGGUUGGAUUUACGCACACCAUUGUUGCGCGUCAUGGUCUAAUGGUGUUCAUUUCAAUGAUCAGAUGGUUCUUGAAGGUGUUGAGGAUGCAGCAACUGUUGCUGUUACUCGGAAAUGUUCUCUUUGUCUGCGUUAUGGAGCAAGUAUUUCUUGUCGUAUCAGAGACUGUGAAUCGUGUUUCCAUUUCAUUUGCGCAGCAGGAGCUGGUUGCUUGCAAGAUGUAGAAACAUUAGAGUUGUUAUGUCCGGUCCAUAUUUCAGAAGCACUUACAUCAAACUGUACAUCAAUUCAAUGUGGUCUCUGUGAGUCUCCAGGUGACCUCACAGAGCUUUUGUUCUGUACUAGUUGUGGUAGUCAUUAUCACUCUUCUUGCUUGGAACCACCUUUGCAACCAAAUCCUACAAUUCGCAUUGGGUGGCAGUGUGCAGAAUGCAAAACUUGUUUGAUUUGCAAUGAAAGUAAAGAUGAAAAUAAAAUGUUGGUAUGCGACGUGUGCGACAAGGGCUUUCACACUUAUUGUUUAAAGCCUCCUGUUUCUAGUAUUCCUAAAAACGGAUUCAGAUGUGAAAGAUGCCGUGUAUGUUCUGAUUGUGGAGGCGGACGUUCUUCUACUUUGAGUGGUUUGGAGGGACCAGUUGCUUUUAACAAUCAGCUCAAUCCAAAUGUCCGUUGGCAUAGUAACUAUACUCUAUGUGAUCGAUGCUUUCAUGCUCAUAAACGGCCGAAUUCAUGUUGUCCUGUAUGCGAACGAGCAUGGCGUUGCUCACUUCCGGUACCAGAGAAUUUGUACAGAAAUUCUAAUAGUACUUUUCUUGUCUGGCCUGGUAGUAGAUGUAGUCAAUGUCGUCGAAUGGUUCAUGCUGAGUGUGAUCCUUCCUCCUACCAAACUGUUUCACCUUCAUCUGCUGCGAGUGAAGAAACAAGUGGUUUUUAUGGUACCAAUUACGUCUGUCCUGUUUGUCGAGCUCGUGGUUCGACAACGCCGAGUGAGGCUGCAUCAACUACUGCUUCUUUACGCGCCAGCCCGGUUCUAGGAGCUGGAAAUAGCAGUAAUAGUGGUGCUGAUAUUAUGGAUGAAAAUUUCACUCAAGGAGGUCGGGACUUAUUAGAUGAUACAGUUCGUCAGUGUAUUGCAUCUGGUUCAUUAGUUUGUCCCGGUGCCAAUGGGAGUACAUCGGCAAAUACACCAUCAAGUUCAACCUCUAAUUCAACAACUCCAAAUACUGAACCCGGAAAGCAACAAAUCCACCUGAAUAAUCAAGAUUAUCCAGGGUCACCACGUGUACAUUGUAAAGUGAUGUCUAACAACAAGUUACCACUAACCAAUUCUACAACUAACAGACCAGCUACAGACCAACCCAUCAAUAGCAGUAGUGGACGUAGACGAGGAAAUAACCAAACUAGUGAUGCUAGUUUUACAAAAACUAAUUCAACAACCCGGUCCAACAAUGCAAACACUCAAUCAUUGUUUACUGGAACUACGAAAACUGGCGCUUUAAAACGAACUAGUUCUGCUACAGCAAAUAUUAGUAAAACUAGGAGAACAAAAACUCGGAAAAUUACUUCGUAUGAAUCCAAAGCCUCAGAGAAGGAUGAUCAUCCUAGUACAGUAGUAUUUUGUCGUGCAGAUGAUCAUUUCAUGUUGGAACAAGACAUAUGCAUUGCAUGUGGAUCAAUAGGUUUGGAUACUCCUUUGUUGGCUUGCUCCCAAUGUGGUCAGUGCUAUCAUUCUUUUUGUGCAGAAGUACCUAAAAUAACAAGAACUAUGAUUGAAAAAGGUUGGCGUUGUUUGGAUUGUACAGUAUGUGAAGGUUGUGGUGGAACAUCAAAUGAAAGUCUCCUACUUUUAUGUGAUGAUUGCAAUAUUAGCUUCCAUACCUAUUGUUUGGAUCCUCCGUUGAAAGAAGUACCGAAAGGUGGUUGGAAAUGUGCGGACUGUGUUGUAUGUACUAAUUGUGGUCAAAAAGAUCCUGGUCUUAAUGGAAAAUGGCACGCUAAUUAUUCUGUAUGUGCACCCUGUGCAUCACUCACCACUUGUCCCAUUUGCAAUUUGGCUUAUCGAGAGGAAGAGUUACUUGUCCGAUGUGCGUUAUGCAAUAGAUGGGCUCAUGCCAAUUGUGACCAGUUACGUACUGAAGAUGAAUUGGAAUUAGCCACUGAUCUAGGAUAUAACUGUCUUCUUUGUCGUGAACUGGGAGCUGAUAUUGGGACUGGGCAUGCUCAAGUAUUGGCUUACAGACAGGCAGCUAACGGGAAUCUCGCGGCUCUGGAGAACUUGAAAUUUGGCGAAAUUACUGAAAAUCUGUUUGCUGACAAAUUACCGUCUUCAUUAUUUCCAUACUCUUCCACUGGAGUUGCAUGUUUAACUCGUCCACAAGCAGAUGAUGAUAAUAGUUCAUCAGGUGAUACUCGUCAAUUUUUCAUGGAUGGUGUUGUACUAAGCGAGUGUGGCUUAAAUACCAUUAAACAAGCUCUACUUAAAAUCCAACCUAAACGUCAUACAAAUCAAAGGCGUCUAUCAGAUCAACAAAAUCAAUUAACCGCUGAUACAGGAUCUUGUUCUGUUGGUGACAGUACUCCAGUUGAACUAACUCCAUGCGGACCUCAUGGACAGUUUGAUGAAGAUGCUUCGCUGCAUUCUGGAGUAGACGGAGAAAACGAUUUAUCUAAUUAUCCUGAUUUGAAAUCUCCCAGUCUACAGUCAGAAGAGGAUGGCUGUAGUUCAUUACAAGAUGGCACACGUACUUCAUUAUGCAUCAGUCGUAAUAGUUCCGCCGGUUCUGUAUCAGCGAACGGAAAAACUGCCACAAGUCGUAAUCGACCAUUGAAAAAUCUUGGUAUUGGAGGUUUUCGAGCUAAACCUAAUCGUUGGUUGCAAACUAAAAAGAUACAACUUGCGGCCGCAUCUGAUCAGUUCGUUGGUCCUCUCACGUCUGACAAUAAACGUAAACGUCAGAACAAAAAGAAAUCUGAAUUGGAAGACAAUUAUCCUAAUUAUUUGAUGAAAGCUUUUUACGGAGAAUGUCUGCUUUCUGCUAAGAGAAAACCACUGAGAAAGAAAAAGCGCGUACGUCCAGUUAGCUCAUCACAGGAACCUGUAGUCGGUACCGAGUUUGUAAGUGGGAUCAAACAGAACAAAGGUGGAUUUUCUCUUUCUGUUCGUUCUUCUAAACUAACCAAAGGUGGAGCACACAUAAAAAAGUGUAAUGUUGCCCGUCUCGGAAGUCGACCCAAAUCAGAUGAUUGUAGUUUAGAUGGGGAAUGGAUAGAAUCAGGAUCGAGGGACGAAGAGUUUGAAAUUUGUGCUGAAGAGAUCGAUGAAGAUGAUGAUGUCGAUGAGGGUGAUGAAGAAUAUGAAGAGGAUGAUGACGUUGAUGAGGAUCUAUGCUAUUUUGAUGAACUCAAGGAUCUAGAAGAUGAAAUGGACAAUGAAGCAUUAGACAAUGAAGAAGAAGAAGAUUUAUCGGCUACAUUGAAUCCUGCUGCUCAUCAAUUAACUGAAAGAGUGUCGGAAAUAAAAAUGGCUGAAAGCUCUACUGAGUCGGAUAUACUAAAAACUCAAAAUGACAACGCCGAAAAUGUUAGUGUAGACGAAGGUGUUUCUCGUGAACCUUCCGUAGUUGACUUCAAUAAUAACAACCAUUCCAUACCGCCUAGAUCGUGUCAUCCAGUUAAUUCAAAUUCACAAGAUAACCUUCGCUUAACUUCAGCAGGCGUUAGUCAACCCAGCCCGAAGUCACAAAAUCUGGUUUCUUCUUUGGAUCAAUCUGUUGAUACUAUAUCAGUUGAAACAGCUGGUGUUACAAGUGUUGUACAUGCAUCAAAUAAAGAACUCAGUCCUCAUAUUGAUUUGUUGUCGGUGCAAUCACCCCAGGAACAGUCGACAGAAUUAUCUGUAACAACUAGCUUGGUCGGGCAAAAUGUUAAUUCAGUUACCCAGGCUACUACUCCAGCGGGUUUAAAUGAAGCUGCAGAUCUUAUGUUUAUGGAUGAUUACCUAUUUGGAUUUAGUGAUUUGGCUUCAACAGAUGAAACUGACUUAAAUGAUAUAACUCCUCAACAAGUAUCUUCAGAUCCUGUAACAGAUCGACUACAAGCUCUAAGUCCUUUGCCUGUAGGUCAUUCAAAGAAUCAGUUGAAGCAACCGGUGUCAAAUGAAAGUCCAGGUCAUGUGUCUUUUAUAUAUUCACAAAAUAAUCAAAAUUUACAGUCGUCUGAAAGAUUCGUCAUCUCUGAUAAAAUUGUCUACCAGUCACGCGUUUCGGAGCCCUUGAGAAUGGAAGAGACUAAUAGCUCGGACGGAACGUGUUUAAAGCAAUUCGUUGCACAGCAAGAUUUGAUAAGUUCGCCUUUUGACAAUCAAAAUCAACAAACUCAUCUUGGCUCUGCUAACAAACCUCAUUAUCAGAAAUCACCAUAUUUGGGUCAUCCCUCGACAGCUUAUUUGCAGGUUGAAGACCAGCGUCCUCGCAAUAUGCAGCGUGCUGUACCUCUAGAAUCACAACAGUCUCAUCUAGUUAUUCAGGAACAACAGGCCCGUAAAACUGGGGCACAGUCAGUUCAUGAUCCUUCUGAAAGAUCCCUAAACCAACUAGUUGACUCUGUCGAUGUCUGCCCGGCAAACAAUACUGUAUUAAAUGCAUAUGAUAUGCCUCCUCGAGAUACUCCUAGUGGUCAUGAUCUUGGAUCCUCACGAAAUGUCCCUGGACCUCAUCCGCGCCAUUGUGUAAAUACACUAACGGGUAAUCUGCCUGAAUUAUCAGUUAGUGAUAUUGAGACGCAGCUUGGACCUUCGAUUGGUUUUGAACUUAGUGAACCCAACUUAGCUGACGAUAGUCCAAAGUCAAUAAUAACAAAUGCUGUAUUUAGCAAUGAUUUGAGUACUACACCUCCACCCCCUGAAGUUUCUAUUCAACGCAUGUCACAACAACAACGGCAAAAUUUAGUUCAUUAUAAUCCUGAUUCAGUCCGUCAGUCAUAUUCCCAAUGUCCUGUAGAUCAAUACAGAGAAUAUCAAACAGGCAAUCAGUCAAUCAAUGUUCAACAGCCUCAGAUUCCUCGUUCUUCCCUCGUGACGGUUCCAAUACCCCAAAGUCAGGUUCGACCGAUUCAACAACAGCAUAUUGAUCCCCAGGGUGGUCGAGUACAGAUAAGAGGUUCACAGCCUUCAUACUUCUAUGCUCAAUUUGUUCCUGUCCCUGGACACGUGUUAACCCAACCCCAAAAACAACAACAUCAGCAACUUCAACGUCAGUCCAGUUCUCCCAUUGUUUUACAAAGCCCAGUUCCCCAAUCACCACAACAGCAUCUUUCAGUUGUUAGUGGUCAUGGCAAAUUCAUUCCACAACCUCUUCAACCCAAAUCUCCUAACCCAAUGACUCCUCCACCUCCACCGCCAUAUCCUUCUCAAGUAAUAAGACCUGGUAUGUGGCCACAACAACAACAACAGCAAUCUCAUUCUCGUUUAAUUUCAUCUAAUCAAGGGACUAUUAUGCUUUCUGCAACUGGACAGUGCCUCGUUCCUCAAGGUUCAAAUUCAGCACAAUUACUUAUGUCAUCUCCACAACCAAAUGUACCUAUUGAUACGCAGCAUCUUAUUCCGAUUUGUCAACAAAGCACUUCAGUUGAAUAUGUACAACGUCCAUGUGUAUCUCAUCCUAUGCACGGCUCAAGUGGACCUCAACGAACUCCACCAACACAACAAAUGAUUGUACAUGGUCAGGGUGGAUUACACAACCAGCCUGUACAUGUUUAUCAGACUGACCAUGUCACUUCACCUAAUUCUCGACAGUUUGCAGGCCAUCCUAACUCUUUGUCUCCUGGGGUUCUUCGUUUCAACAGUGGUUCUGAAGAGGUGAUUCUAAGAUGUUCUACUGAACUUCAAAAUCCUAAUAAUGUUAUUAAUCCUAAUCCUAUGAGAUCACCCAGUAUGGAAGGGAAUACUCAUCAUGUUGUUUUAAAUCGACCAAAUCAACAAAAUAUUUUACCUUGCACAGCAUCAAACAACGCACAGUUGUGUAUGACCAAUUCCAAUUCGAGUGUUUCCAGUUCAGCUAGUAGACGUAUUAAUUAUCAUAAAUGGGAAGAAGAUGAACGUUUAGGUGGUCAGUCAACAAUUGCUCCAGUGUUGCAUGCAAAUAUAUCGCAUCCUACACUGCGUGGCCAAUAUCCCGAAUUCACUGUUCGUGCGAAAGAAAUUAGCAAACUCUGGCGUAGGCUUUCGAGUGAAGAACGUGGAACUUGGGUGAUACAAGCUCGCAACAACCGAACUACAUUGCGUUCGAAUCAAACGAAUAUACCUACAACUAUGAGUUCCGUAGGGAUCGCUAAUUCAAUACCGCCUACGCAGCCGUAUUGCCAACCCAGUACACUAACCAAUCAAACAAUACCUUUACAAUCUGGUUCUGAUUUAUCUUAUCCUAUAGAAUCUCCUUCAACGUAUGCACGUCCGCAAAAUCGUACACCUCAUCAUAUUCAGUCGGAACAACAAAUAAAUGCGAAUUCACCACAACAAACAAAAGAGCUACAUAGGUCGUUAACCCCUGAAAUCACAAACAACAGUUAUAUCCCGGACCGUAUUCUGUCGUCUCAUUUAACUUCAAGUACUAAUAGUAGUGGCGAUUCUGUUAAUGUUCAUCAUCAGGCAAUAAACAAGCCUCCUUCAAAUCAGGGAUUGACGUUCUCUAACACCGAACAAAACAUAUCUGGUAACAUUCCACCUCAGCAACACCAACAAGUGAUCGGACUAACAACACCAUCACCAGUUUCUUCUUACAUGGCUUCACCUGUAAAUUCUAGACCUCCAUCUCGUCACCAAACAUCAUUACCACCACCUCCACCUAUUUGGCCUCCAUCAGGAAAUAUGAAUUCAUUGAACACAGGAUCUGCAAGUGUGAAUUCUCCUGGUAAUCUGAAACAACCAACACCGCCACCUGUUUGUUCGUCAAUGUCUCCUGCACCUAUAAGAUCACCUGCUUCAAUACAUGCUCCUACUCCAAACUCUUUUCAUAUUCCUCAUCCAUAUCCCCCACAUGGUGCAAGUUCACUAACUAGUCCAGCGCAGUCACCUGCUCCUCCACAGUCACCGUCUAAUAUAAACCAGUUAAUGAGGAGUAGCAACGCUGGAACGGUGACGGCGAUGUCUUCAUCACAUCCUUCUCCUGUCUCACAGUCGCUUCAUACAGUUAUACCUAGCGGUCAUCAUCUCACUUCUCAGAAUUUACUUCCAUCCGAAAGUCCAGUUAGUCGACAACAAAAUCAUUCUUUUGCUGCUUCGCAUCCUGCUACUCCUGGUACGCCGAAUAGUCAGUUAUGUGGUCCUGGGAACACGUUUUCUGCGCCUGCAACUCCUGGCGCUGGAACGUCGCCAGGUAAUGUUGGUAUGCUUUCUCAUUCUGGCCCGACAAAUCCAGGAAAUGUUUUUAUUGUGGGUAGUUCCGGAAUGCACGUCAGUAGGAUGUCAUCAGAAGGUGAUAUAUCUCAGUCUGUUUAUUCAACAAAUAUGCUUCCACAGUCCUUAACUAGUGAACAUGUUUCAUCCUCCUUACCAGUUGCUGUUGAGCAAGGCUCUUCUGUUAGCACUUAUGCUGGUUCUCAACAACAGUCUCAUGCACAACAAGGUAACUAUUCAAGUACGGAGUUGGAACGUCAGCGUCUUAAAGAAAUUCUAGCUAAACAAGUUCAUCAACGUCAAGUUCAACAUCAACAUCAUCAACAGCUCAUGCAACAACAACAACUUCAUAUUGCUCAACAGGAACAGGAACAUAUCAUGUCUCGUCAUUCUCUUUCGCAGCCCACUAGCGGACAGCAAGGCUCGGGACUUGUUUAUACGUCUAUGAACCAAUCUAGUGGCAACCUUGUCCACCAGCAACCCAACGAGUCCCACUGUCAACCAUAUGGAAACUAUAUUAAUACUCCAUUGUGGCAGCAGCAUACUUCAGUUCACGAUCCUUACCAUACAGUAUCGUCGCAAAAUCAACCUCACCAGCAGCAGUCAAUGAGACAUACUUAUUUUUCGCAGCAGGUUCCUGCUCAGCAUCCGACAGUGUUUUAUCAACAGUCACAAACUAGACCAGACCAAGUAUCACCUAGUGGGUCAAGAAUUUUGACACCAGCCACUCCUGGUAUUUCUUCGAUGAGUCCACAUGCUCCUGGUCAGUUUAUUUCCACUACUAACCCUCCCACCCAAGGUGAUUAUGUUGCUGCUCAAAACACUUCUGUAUCAAAAGUAACGCGGCUAGCUUAUCCAGAAAUGUCAGAAUUAGUUCACCAACCUCAAAUUGUUCCUGAAUCCUCGCCUAGUUAUGGGAUAAAUAACCAGGUUAUGAUUUCUACAAGCCGCAGCAAUCAACAAAUGUUACACCCUAACAAUAUGCAAGUUUAUCGUAGCAAUAUUCCUCAACGCAGUGAUCACCCAUCAUCAUUGAAUCCGUACCGUCAAAUGGACAACGUUACUCCAUCGUCAUUGAAUCCAGUAGAUAACCAUCUGAUUUCUGAUUUACCUCGGGCGCCAUCUGUAGCAUCUGGUCUAGAAGAGGUUGGUUUUGAACCUCCUAUCAUUGUUAGUCGUCUUGCUGCCAAAGAAAAACGAUAUGCACCAAUUAUUAAUGUCAAUCUACUUAGUGGUUCAACUUACCAAGCUGAGCAUACAAUUGAUCAACAACGUAUGAAUUUCGAUAAUACUGAUGGAUCAGCUGUUACUUCUGUGAGUGGUAGCGGUGAUGUGACGACGAGUUUCUCUUACAGAACAACCGAAGAUGUGAACAGACAACAACAUGACUGA